CUUUGGGGGCCAUUUAUGGCAGCAGUGAUAAGAAUGGUGUUCGUGCUCUGCCACGGCCUUCUGCAGCUCUGCCAGCUCCUGUACAGCGCCUACUUCAAAAGCAGCCUCACCACCAUCGAGAAGCGCUUUGGCCUCUCCAGUUCUUCCUCGGGUCUCAUUUCCAGCUUGAAUGAGAUCAGCAACGCCAUCCUCAUCAUCUUCGUCAGCUACUUGGGCAGCCGGGUGCACCGUCCGCGGCUGAUUGGUGUUGGGGGUCUCCUCCUAGCUUCAGGUGCCUUCGUCCUCACCCUUCCACACUUCCUGUCAGAGCCCUACCAGUACACCUUGGCCAGCAAUGGGAACAGCAGCCUCUUUCAAGCUGAUCUCUGUCGGAAGCAUUGGCAGGACCUGCCCCCCAGUAAGUGCCACAGCACCGCCCAGGACACCCGGAAGGAGACCAGCAGCAUGUGGGGUCUCAUGGUGGUCGCGCAGCUGCUGGCAGGCAUCGGGACAGUGCCCAUUCAGCCAUUUGGGAUCUCCUACGUGGAUGACUUCUCGGAGCCCAACAACUCGCCCCUGUACAUCUCCAUCUUAUUUGCCAUCUCCGUGUUUGGGCCGGCCUUCGGGUACCUGCUGGGCUCUGCCAUGCUGCGGGUCUUUGUGGACUACGGCAGGGUGGACACAGCCUUAGUUAACUUGAGCCCCGGAGACCCACGAUGGAUUGGAGCCUGGUGGCUGGGCCUGAUCAUUUCCUCCGCUUUCUUGGUUCUCACCUCUUUCCCCUUUUUCUUCUUUCCUCGCACAAUGUCCAGAGAAGUGGAGAGGUCUGCCAUCACUGACGAGGCAAGGAAGAUGAAGGAGGUCAAGCCAAGAGGCUCCCUGGUGGAUUUCAUUAAACGGUUUCCCCGCAUCUUCCUGAAGCUCCUGAUGAACCCACUCUUCAUGCUGGUGGUCCUGGCUCAGUGCACCUUCUCCUCGGUCAUCGCUGGCCUCUCCACAUUCCUCAACAAGUUCCUGGAGAAGCAGUAUGGCACCUCCGCAGCCUAUGCCAACUUCCUCAUCGGUGCCAUAAACCUCCCUGCCGCGGCCUUGGGGAUGCUGUGUGGAGGGAUCCUCAUGAAGCGCUUUGUUUUCUCUCUGCAAACCAUUCCCCGUGUGGCUGCCACCAUCAUCACCAUCUCCAUGAUCCUCUGUUGCCCCCUCUUCUUCAUGGGAUGCUCCACCCCGGCUGUGGCGGAGGUUUACCCCCCCAGCACAUCAAGUUCUAUACAUCCUCAGCCUCCUGCCUGCCGCCGGGACUGCUCGUGCCCGGAUUCCAUCUUCCACCCGGUCUGUGGAGACAAUGGGGUAGAGUACCUCUCCCCGUGCCAUGCUGGCUGCAGCCACAUCAACAUCAGCUCUGCAGCCUCCAAGCAACGGAUCUAUUUGAACUGCAGCUGUGUGACUGGGGGAUCUGCUUCAGCAAAGACAGGAUCGUGCCCCACCCCCUGUGCCCACUUCCUGCUCCCGGCCAUCUUCAUCAUCUCCUUCGCGGCCUUCAUCGCCUGCAUUUCCCACAACCCCCUCUACAUGAUGGUUCUGCGUGUGGUGAACCAGGAAGAAAAGUCAUUUGCCAUUGGGGUACAGUUCUUGCUAAUGCGCCUGCUGGCCUGGCUGCCAUCUCCAGCUCUCUAUGGCCUCACCAUCGACUACUCCUGCAUCCGGUGGAACUUGCAGUGCUCGGGGAGGCGAGGGGCCUGUGCUUACUAUGACAAUGACGCCCUCCGAGACAGGUACCUGGGCCUGCAGGUGGGCUACAAGGCACUGGGCACCCUGCUUCUCUUGAUCAUCAGCUGGCGGGUGAAGAAGAACAAGGAGUACAAUGUGCAGAAGGCUGAGGACCUCAUCUGACCUUUGACCCUCGGCCCAGUGCUGCUCUUCUCCGAGAGUGGACAUGCCCUUCCACACUUGCCUAUAUUUACUAAUGUUAACACAUCAUUUCCUUUCUGUUUUUUAAAUAAGAAAGAAAACCCCAUUCACCAUUGCCUUCCCUACCUCCUCCCAAAGGUCCCUUGUUCACAGGGUUCCUUAGGGCCACUGAGCUCCUGGGCCAGGUGGGCACAGAGCUGGAGGGCAAGGUCUUCCCUGGCUCUUUGGGAAGGGCCCCCAUUUGCCCAGGCUCUCCUCAGUGCUGGAUCCUCCAGCAAGGAUGCCCUCUGAGGGGGUGGUUUCCUAAGUGGAGAGAGGAAAGGGGGUGUCCACCCGGAGGUAGGAGGGAGUAGGCUGAGUUGUUGAGGACCACGGCCAGGCAGGGGGGUGAGGGAGCCUGGCCGUAGACCCCUUUGCAUCUGGGUUCAGCAUCGAUACAGAGCCCAGGAGGGGCUGGCUUCCCUCCUCUGGGUCCUCACUUCCUGCCCCAAGAGGCCAUUUUGGAAGCUGCUGUGUUGGGAAGUUUGGCCAGUUGGUCCCCUCUCGGUUACCCAUACUCAGGCACCAGAACAGGGACUAAGGCACCCGGAGGACAGGUCAUCCAAAUGCUGUUCAGAUUAAUUCUAGACCCUUCUAUGCAAGGGUCUGUGCAUGUUCCUCUCCGUCUUUCUGGGCAUAUAUUUCAAACUAAGAAAGUCACACCAUGGUGAAGACCCAAGGAAGGCUGUGAAAUGGCCAUGAUGCCCAACUUGUCACCCCUAUAAUGUGAAGACAAGACUCCUCCUCUCAGAGUGAUGGGAAGACCCUCCCCAAAUUUCCCUUGGAGCAGAUGGGGUGGCUUUACAUGGGCUUCCCUGGCUGGACUUGAGCCUCUAUGCCACUGAGUAAAGAGAAGCAGCCCAGGAUGUCAGCAAAGCAAGUGUGGAAGCCAAGGGAAGGUCAAAAGCUGGAUGGUGAGCUGCAGUCCACAAAAGAGAGGCUGGUGAGCUUGACCUUCCUGGUUUCAAACAUGCUCCAAUUCAUCAGCGUUUCCUCAGCCUCUUCUCACUGCCCCCAGAGUUGGGCAACCUGUCAGGGCCUUGGCUGAGACACUGCAGCUGUGUGGUAGAGCCUUUCAUCAACAAAUACAUUUAUUGGAGACCGACUCUGUGCAAGACAGUGCUAGUACAUUGCUCUCCACCCAGCUUCCCUGGGAUCCCAACCCCCUACCUUCCACGCACAUUAGGACCACCAACGAGAGUGUGCUCAGUGGGCAGGGGGAGCUAGGAGACAGGCACAGCAAGAGCCUAGAGAUUGUCAAUAAGAUCUUGACCAUCAUGUCCCACCAGACUGAUCCUGUACCUGGCCCUUUGCCAGAUAGAGACCUGGCUGCACCAUAUCCUCUGGAGCAGCUGGGCACUGGUCAUUCCCACGUGUGGAUCCCUUGAAAAACCCUUCCAGGGUACCCCGGAAGCCACCUCCAGAAAGGCCUCAUAUGGUGGUAAGCCAAAAACUUUAUGUCAACAGCCAAACGGCCAUGAAGUCUUUGUGAAAGCCACUGUUACAGCAGCUUUAUUUCCAAAGCCACCAGCCUUAUUUCUAAAGAUCUCUCAGGAAGGGAGGCUCCAUGCAGCCUCAAGGACCAGUUUCAGCCUUUAAAAUGGUUCUGCUUGGAAAAUGAUUCCGUGCUACUAACACUGUCCUUCUUGCCACAAUUUAACCAAAUUCUGGAGGCACUGCCUUCGGCUAAGUUCACAAACAGUGAAUGCCACCCUUCAGAUCCUGGAAGAUUGGUUGCUCUCCAAGUCUUUAUUCUAUUAUGAUAUUGCUAUUAAUAUAUUGUCAUUUUACUAUUGA